GGAUCCGCCCACUGCACGCAGAGAGUGACUGAUACACAAUAGAGGCCGAGGAUAACACAGGAGACGCCGCCGAGAAAAAGAUAUCUGGAAGAGAGGUGAGAGCGCUUCAAACAAAGACAUGGACCGUGGAAACCCGAGGAGCUGCCCGAACAUCGCUUGGUAACAGGGAGGGUAAUGGAUCCGGAGCGGCUUAACGAAUCGAUUCGGAAGCUGCUGCGAGCGUUCUGCUAGAUGAGCUAUGGCUGAAGCCAGCGUUAACGAGCGCCCUACAUACGGAGAACGCGUAUAGCAGAGGGCCCCUACCCUGUGAUCACGGGCCCGGGCACUCACACACAUCCUUCACGCCCUGCAUGUCAGCGUAUACUCGGCACUGAUUCCAAUUAGACAGACUGACCGGUCUCAGACAGCGGUGCGGCCAUGUUUGGACCUCCAUGCUGAAUUUGUGUAGUUUAACCCCUGCCGGUCCUGGGGCCGCGGAGCAGGAUGCUGGAGCCCGCGGGGUUUGCCGAAGCAUGGCGGGCACAGUUCCCGGACGCGGAGCCGCCCCGCAUGGAGCUGCGCACGGUGAGGGACAUGGAGCAGGAGCUAGAGAGAUGCCGGGCAUCGGUUCGCCGGCUAGAACGCGAACUCAACCGGGAGCGAUUUCGGAUGAUCUAUCUGCAGACCCUGCUGGCCAAGGAGCGGAGAGCAUAUGACCGGCAACGCUGGGGCUUCGAGGAGAGACCUUCCCCGGGCGGGGAACGACUCACUGGCGGGGAAGAGAGGGCCAGGGGCCCAGGCAAGGAGCAUAAGAGCCCAGAAGAGAGACCCCGGCUCCCUGGCCGGAGGGAGCCACCUGUUGGGGCCCCUGAUUUAUCUCCAGGUGAUGUGCCCAGGGGCCCCCGCCGCCUGCUCAGUUUGACAGAGAGAGAUGGGGUAGAGGCGCGCUCGGAUAAGCUGCGGAGAGCGUCGUCACAUCCUGAAGGCAGUCCUGGUCCCAGGGCCCCACGGGUUGUGGAACCCCGCCGCGGCCGAUCCUCGGACAGCAGCUGUGGCUGGGAUGGCGAGUACGAGGAGGCCGAGCUAAACCCACGCUUCCUGCGGGACAAUGCAUUGCCCGGUCCUGGUGGGCACUGGGGAGAGGCCUGGCCCCGCCGCUCCUUCUCGCCCCAGAGCUUUGAGGACCUGGGGGGUGGCUACACCCCCGACUGCAGCUCCAAUGAGAAUCUGACCUCCAGCGAGGAGGAGCUUUCCUCGGGCCCCUCUGGCAGAGUUUCCCCGCGGGGGCUGUGGGGCCGCUCCCCACCUUCCCCUGGCAGCUCCAGCCCACCCACACCACAAGCACCUGCAAGGCAGUGUCAGCUCAGGAUCUCUGAGGCUGCCAUAGUCGGAGUACGGAGGAGCGGACAGAUCUGGCCUAGCUGCGCAGAACCUGCUGGACGGGAUGGGAGUUUCCAUGGAGAUGCAGAUGCUUCCCUCUGCCGGACGCCCCCCGGUGGUAAUGAUGAGCAGCGGGCUCAGCACGACCUGAUGCCCUAUAUUGAUGACUCCCCUUCGUCCUCCCCUCAGCUCAGUGCCAAGAGCCGUGGAAGCAGAGAAACAAUUUCCUCUGGGUCUUUGGAGUCCAGCAAAUCGAGUGAGCUGGACCUGGAGAAGGGGCUGGAGAUGAGGAAAUGGGUGCUGUCUGCAAUCCUGGCCAGUGAAGAAACCUACCUGAGCCACCUGGAAGCCUUGCUACUGCCCAUGAAGCCUCUAAAAGCUGCAGCAACCACUUCCCAACCAGUACUGACAGUGCAGCAGAUUGAAACCAUCUUCUUCAAGGUCCCGGAGUUAUAUGAAAUUCACAAAGAUUUCUAUGAUGCACUGUUUCCACGUGUACAGAAAUGGAGCCAUCAGCAGUGUGUGGGGGACCUGUUCCAGAAGCUUGCUAGUCAGCUGGGUGUAUAUCGAGCUUUUGUUGACAACUACGAGGUCGCCAUGGAAACGGCAGAGAAAUGCUGCCAGGCCAAUGCUCAGUUUGCUGAAAUUUCUGAGAAUCUAAAAGCCAGAAAUACAAGGGAGUCCAAGGAAGUAACAGCUAAAACCUCUCUAGAAGCUCUGCUAUACAAGCCUGUGGAUCGUGUUACACGCAGUACAUUGGUUCUUCAUGAUCUGUUGAAGCAUACACCGGCUGGGCACCCCGACUAUCCUUUACUUCAAGAUGCUCUCAGAAUUUCCCAGAACUUCCUCUCCAGCAUCAAUGAGGAAAUCACUCCCCGCCGGCAGUCGAUGACCGUCCGGAAAGGAGAGCACCGGCAGCUCUUGAAGGACAGUUUCAUGGUAGAACUUGUAGAAGGUACAAGAAAAUUGCGUCAUGUCUUCCUUUUCACAGAUCUACUGCUGUGCGCCAAACUGAAAAAACAGAUAGGAGGGAAAAGCCAGCAGUACGAUUGCAAGUGGUACAUCCCUCUUGCUGACCUGAGCUUCCAGCCAUUGGAUGAAACAGAGACUGCUCCCAAUAUUCCCCUUAUUCCAGAUGAAGAGCUAGAAGUCAUCAAAGUGAAGAUAUCCCAACUGAAGAGUGAUAUACACAGGGAGAAGAAAGCUAACAAGGGAGGAAAGGGUCUGGAACGUCUGCGCAAAAAGCUGUCAGAACAGGAAUCUGUCCUCCUUCUCCUGUCCCCCAGCAUGGCCUUCAGAGUGCAGAACCGCAAUGGAAAGGGAUACACAUUUCUGACGUGGUCGGAUUAUGAGCGAGCUGAGUGGGGAGAGCAUGUACGGGAGCAGCAGAAGAAAUGUUUCAAAAGUUUCUCUCUUACAUCCCUGGAAAUUCAGAUGCUAACAAACUCCUGUGUGAAGCUGCAGACAGUCCAUAGAGUUCCCCUUACCAUAAGCAAAGAUGAUGAUGAGUCUUCUGGACUAUAUGGAUUCUUAAAUGUCAUUGUUCACUCAGCUACUGGAUUCCAGCAAAGCUCAAACCUGUUCUGCACACUGGAGGUGGAUUCUUUUGGUUAUUUUGUUAACAAGGCGAAGACCCGUGUUUAUCGGAACACUACUGAGCCCAGUUGGAAUGAGGAGUUUGAGAUAGAACUGGAGGGGUCUCAGACCCUGCGCAUUCUGUGCUACGAGAAGAGCUACAAUAAGAAUCGGCCCAUUAGAGAGGAUGGCGGAGAAAGCACUGAGCGGAUGGUGGCAAAAGGGCAAAUACAGCUUGACCCACAAAUAGUCCUGGGGAAAGACUGGCAGCGAUCCAUUGUCUCUAUGAAUGGGAUUGAGGUCAAGCUGUCACUGAAGUUCAUAAGUCGCGAGUUCAGUCUCAAGCGCCUUCCUUCACGGAAACAGACAGGAGUCUUUGGGGUUAAAAUCUCCGUUGUUACCAAGAGGGAACGUUCCAAAGUUCCAUACAUUGUGCGCCAGUGCGUGGAGGAGAUUGAGAGACGUGGGAUGGAGGAGGUUGGCAUAUAUCGGGUGUCUGGAGUGGCCACUGAUAUUCAAGCCCUAAAGAAUGCUUUUGAUUCAAAUAACAAAGAUGUAUCUGUUAUGAUGAGUGACAUGGAUGUGAAUGCCAUCGCCGGGACCCUGAAGUUAUAUUUUCGGGAACUUCCUGCUCCUCUCUUCACAGAUGAACUUUACCCCAAUUUUGCAGAGGGGAUUGCAUUGUCUGACCCUGUAGCUAAGGAGAGCUGUAUGUUGAACUUGCUGUUGUCUCUGCCGGAGCCCAAUCUGCUCACCUUCCUUUUUCUGCUUGACCAUCUCAAGAGAGUUGCAGAAAAGGAAAGUCAGAACAAGAUGUCCCUGCAUAACCUGGCCACAGUAUUUGGCCCCACUUUGCUCCGGCCAUCAGAAAAGGACAGUAAGAUCCCAGCCAAUCCUACCCAACCUAUUAGCAUGGCUGAUAGCUGGAGUCUGGAAGUUAUGUCACAGGUGCAAGUUCUGUUGUACUUUCUUCAACUAGACACUAUUCCGACUCCGGACAGCAAACGUCAAAGCAUCCUCUUUUCUACUGAGGUCUAAACUUCAUCAAGCUGCAGCUAGCAGAUGGUGUCACAUAAGAUUACUGCCGGUCCCUCUCCUCUGCUGGGUUAUGCACUCUGGAAAGGGAUUUUGUUGGACCCUGCCACCUAUGUAAAGGCUCAGUAAUCUAUCAGAACUGACAGAGUAUUUUUUCUUUAAUUUAUUUAUUUAUUGGCUAGUAGGUCGCUAAUAGGACAGAUGCCGGUCCAUGAACCUACCCUUGAAUGUGGGGACCAGUACCUGGAUAGUUGCAGUAAUAUAUCAGAAGCCUGUAACUUGUCAGGGACCAAACAAGAAAUAAUAUAUUCAUAUAGGUUGAUCUAUAAGGGAGGUGUAUUACCUUUUUUUUUCAUUCCCAAAUAGGGGUAAUUUGAGGCCACUGUUUCUAAAGCCUGGGGUCAGUUUUUACUUUUUUUUUUAAUA